AUGUCAGUUGUUGCGGCAGCAAACAAGCGAAUGGUCUACUGCGGUGGUCUGGCAGAAGAUGUUGACGACAAGAUUCUUCGGUCGGCAUUUCUCACAUUUGGUGAUAUCAUCGACAUUAGCAUGCCCCUUGAUUACAUCACCCAGAAACACAAAGGUUUCGCCUUUAUUGAAUUUGAAUCAGCCGACGACGCUUCGGCGGCGAUUGAUAACAUGAAUGAUUCAGAAAUAUUUGGCAGAACGAUUCGCGUCAACCUGGCCAAGCCGGCCAAGCUACGUGAAGCCUCGUUCAAAGCCAUCUGGGCCGAUGAUGAGUGGCUGAGUAAACAUGCUGGUAAAACACUGGGCACUGGAAAUGCAGCCGUUGGAAAGAUGCUUGAAGACGAUGAUAAUAUGCCAGUUCCUGAUGACGAUGAUGAAGGUGAAAAGACCAAAGCCAAUCCAUCCGUGUUCUUUGACGUUAAAAUUGACGGUCAGUAUGCGGGGCGGAUUCGCAUUCUCCUCCGAAAAGACGUCGUCCCGCUGACGGCGGAAAACUUUCGCUGUUUGUGCACCCAUGAGAAGGGAUUCGGUUUCAGAAGCAGCACCUUUCACAGAAUCAUUCCUGGAUUUAUGCUUCAAGGUGGCGAUUUCACCAACCACAAUGGAACUGGCGGAAAGUCAAUUUACGGACGAAAGUUUGAGGACGAAAACUUUGCCCUGAAACACACUGGUCCGGGAGUUUUGUCGAUGGCCAAUUCAGGGCCAAACACAAACGGGUCACAGUUUUUCAUUACCACGGCAAGGACAGAGUGGCUAGAUUCUCGGCACGUCGUUUUCGGAAUAGUCACUGGUGGCAUGGACAUUGUCAAGAAGAUCGAAGAGUGCGGCACCAAAAGCGGUAAGCCGACAAAGCGAGUGGUCAUUUCGAGUUGCGGAGAGAUUGUUUAA